CCAGUCUUCUCUGAGCAGUGAGCACUCCCCCCCUCUCUCUCCCCCCGCAAGUGUGCCCAGCACCACUUCGAGCUCUCCACCUCCAUCCGAUCUGGUCGCUUCUCCCACCCGGUCGCACGCGCCUCUGAAACCCUAGAACCUCCUCGCGAGGCGCUUCGCCGCCAGCCGCCAUGGACCCGGUCUCGGCGGUCGCCGCGGAGCUCUGGCGCCCGCCGCACAUCGCCGGCGGCCGCGCAUCCUCCGCCGUCACGGAGAAGAGCAGUGCUAGUCGCGGGGGCGGCAGCAGACGGAGGAGGCAGCGGGAGCCUCCGGCGUCCGAGGACGACUCGCCCCGGAUCGUCUCCACUUCCGGCGGCGGCGGUCAGGAUUUGACCGGUUCGAAAGCAAAACGUUUCAAAGCAAAUAAAUCCAGUGAUGAUAAUGGCAAUCUAAGAAUGGAAGCUGAAACUGACUCAAGAAGUGCUGGCAAGGCUGUUAGUCAAAAUCCUCCAGCAUCAGAGCCACCAAAACAAGAUUUCAUCCAUGUCAGGGCAAGAAGGGGUCAAGCAACUGACAGUCAUAGUCUUGCAGAAAGGGCACGGCGUGAGAAAAUAAGUGAACGGAUGAAAUUUCUCCAAGAUCUCGUCCCUGGAUGCAACAAGGUUAUUGGGAAAGCAUCAGUCCUUGACGAGAUAAUUAAUUACAUCCAGUCUUUGCAAUGUCAAGUUGAGUUCCUGUCCAUGAAGCUUGAGGCCGUUAAUGCUCAUGUGAACAAUGGAGUUGAAGCAUUUCCGUCCAAAGAUUUUGGUGCUCAGGCAUAUAACACAGGUCCUGGACUGACAUUUGAUACCCAAGCCCCAAGAGAAUACGACCAGGGCGCGACGGCCUCGGAGUGGCUUCAUAUGCAGAUUGGCGGUGCCUAUGAAAGGGUGUCAUGAGCAAAAUGAAUUCACAGUAGUGGCCAAUAAAGUGAACCAUGAUCAAUCGAGCCCAUGGUUCUAGAUUAUUUUUUGCAACCGUCAUGUUCCAAACGCUGUUUUAUUCAUGCCUGGAGCUGUAAUGCCAGUAGGGAGGAUGUCAUGACGUUUCUCCUAUUCAUGUGAAUUUCUGUAGAUCGCGUUCGUUUGUAAGAAGUAUGAAUAAAUCAGGUCUUCUUUCUCUUC